AUGGCAGACCAGAAGGAAACAUUUGGACUGCAAAAUUCGCCCAGCGGGUCAGAGUCAAAGGAAUUACACACUGAGAGUAAAGCAGAGAAACAAAAUGGAACUUCGAGCAAAUCUCCAUCCUCCCAGACGACCUAUAUUCAACAGGUCAGCUUUACAUGCUAUUUUGAGCCUAUGCACUUCAGGUCUCAAGUCACUGGCUAGGGGUUGCUCUGGACCUAUAUCUAGGCCUAUUUAUUAAAUAUGGAUAUCUGUAAACGACUCAUGAGAUAAGUACAUGCACUGCCAACCUUUCAGACCUUAGUGUGCAUAAAAGCGUAGAAUUCCCAUUGUUUUGAACUAUGGCCUAUAGGCUACAAAGUUUCGUGAAUUUAUCAUGUCAAUCAACUCGAGGAAUCGCUUGGUAGUUGGUUACCGUAGACCAGUGCUGCAGUUAUUGCAGUUUCGUGUACUUUCUUUGAGAGAUUUUAUUAUCUGCCUAUUUAUAGUCAAAGCACGGAAUGUAUAGGCUAGUUAUACUAUAGGCUUAAUGGAAAAUGAUGGUAUACUAUUUCAGAAUAGUAGCCUACUGUUUCACAAGGUAGCCCAUUGUGAAUAGUAGGCUUAUAUGAAAUUAUAUUAUGUCUAGGUUUUUGUUAAACUAUUAUGGAAUUUAUACCACAGUGCAACAUUUACCCUGUAUGAAUGACAUGACAUAGGCCUAGUGACAUAAAUAUUAUUUGUAUAAUAAUUGGGCUAAAUAAGCUUACCAAAUGGUCUCAACUGCAAGAAAAGUAAUAUUGAUAUUCCUUUUACUUGUCUAAUUUUGAAGGGAAUGGAGGGGAUAAAAGUGUACCUGCAUGAGAGGGAACUGUGGGCGAAGUUUCACGAGGUGGGGACGGAGAUGAUCAUCACCAAAGCGGGAAGGUAAGAGAGCAACAACUGCUUAUACUGGCAUUAACGGGUUAUGCAAAUACAUUUGAGAAACAUAAAAUGCAUUUGAGGUUAUGUUUUAAUCAUUAUUUGUAAAUGAAAAUGGUCAGCAUUUAGUGGUUUUAGUUUUGACAGCGCUGUCUGAAAAAGUGAUUUCGUCCAUACGUAGGCUUAUUUCCACGGAGAAAAUAGAUUUUUAUAAAUAUUUUUGUGUUGCAAUAGUGAUAGUUAUAUUGAUGUUGUAUUCGUUUUCUGGAGGGAGGCCUACUGUAUUUACACUUCAUUCUGUAUCAAUGUACCAAUGCAUAGUUUCUGAAUAAAUCUAUAGGCCUAUAGUCGGUUUGAGACUGGCCCUUGGUUAGAUAAAAGUCAAAGAAACAUGCUUUAUAGCCUAUAUAUCCUCAAUUAUUUUAAUCCUGUCAUUUUUUUCCAACCGUUUAUUGUCUUUUUCCAAAUUGGAUGUAUGAAAAAAAAAAAAAUCAUUAUUUCCUUAUGUUCUUCACGUUUUCAAGACAAAAAGGCCUACACGAUUUUGCAUUUAAGGAAUUUAGGACGAGAUGAGCCCGGUGUAAAUCUGCUCAGCAAUUAGGCUUACACCUACCUGUGCUGCUCAGAGACUCUCACGGAAUAUGGUUGAGAUAAUCUUCUACCUCAGUUUAGUGUGAACUUGAAUAUGCAUGAUGGUCGGUGGUCUCUGCUCAUGUUAACAAAUCGUCUUGUGGCUCUUAGGUAGCCUAUUUAUUAUUCAUUUUAGCUAUGUCUCAACAUCCUUACAGUCUGCACUAGGUUCAUAUUUUUUUCUCAACUGCAUAAAGCUGUCUUUAUAUUCUGUCCAUUCAUUCCCCCCUUAUUGGCUUGAGACGUUAUCAUCCCUCCCUCCCUCGUUAUUAACCAGCCCUUACCCCUUCCCAUCACCUCGCCGCUGCCUCUUUAUUCAGGCAGGUCACACGUUUGAGAAACAGCUUGUAGGCCUAGAGGCCUGGAUCUCAAUCGGCGUACGACUUCUUUUCCUUAGCAAUUUCAAUACUCUCAGCCACUCACUGACUACUGACGUUUUUCCAACCUGGUAGACCCUAUUUCAUCAGGUUACUUGUGUAAAAGUUCUGAACAUAUGCACGUGUGAAAAUAUAUGUGCAGGCUACCAUGCAUCUGGUUUUAGUGAGGCAUUUGAUGCAAAAGCAGCUAACGUUUAUUUCACCGUGAAACUUUAGGCUCUUCCUUCAUAAAUGUUUUAUUUUGUUGAAGUAUGCAUUCGUUUCAGUUGUUGCAUGCGUAAAAGUAUGCAGUCGCUUCCAAACGAACAAUAUAUAUAUAUAUAUAUUAGGUUACCUAAUUCCCUUUCAUUUUAUUAUGUUUGAUUGAUUGUUGUUCUAAAUUUAAUUUGGUUUUACAUAGGCUAUCUGGCGUUGAUAGCAUAUACAUUAGUUGUGAACCAGUGGGUUUACACCCUGAUCCACCAAAAGACGUGCAGUGUAUGCAUAGUUGGUCAUAUGUUGGUCUUUUAAGCUUGCUGGGUUUGGAACAAGUUGUGGGCUUCUAUGCAACAACUGUGCGUCAAGGUCGCAGAAUUUCAUUGAAUUUGACAGUGUGAUUUCGGAAGUAAUCAAUUGAUAUGGCAGAGUUGAAUAUCGACUCUUGUCCAUACAUGUCAUAGCAUAGACUGUAAAUAAUCAUACAUUGCCUUAAGCAAAUAUCAGGUCACUUCAAUCAACGAUAGCCUAUAACAGUCAUAAUGUAUUAAUGUAUGCACUUGCAUUGUGUAACUAUCUUGCUUCAUUUGCAGGCGAAUGUUUCCCAGCUUCAAAGUGAAGGUCACUGGAUUGAACCCUAAAACGAAAUACAUACUCCUGAUGGAUGUCGUGCCUGCGGACGACCAUCGCUACAAAUUCGCUGAUAAUAAAUGGUGUGUAAGACUUUUACAAAUAAAGUGCCUCUGGGAUCGCAUCAGAGCCAAUGUCCACAGCCUUAUGACAAUAAGUAGCAUACCUGUAUACAAGAUAUGAACACAUUAUCAUAUGUAGCCUAUUUUUUAUCCAGGAUGUUUCACUGAUCAAUUAGGUGUUUUCUGUUUGCGGAGUACAACCCCUCUCCCCCUACUGAGUUUUAAUAACUUUACAGUACAUUUCAGUAGCAUAUGGGCCUAUAGCUAUCAGGCUAUUGUAUAUAGAUAGAUGGAAACUGUAGUCAAUGUGCAAUAAAGUAGCCUAGUAUUAGGCCGUAUCCAGUUCAUGUAAAUAAAGCAUUAUACUUCACACAUCGGAAUGAGAUUUAUAAUCAGUCUUCGGACUAAAAACGUUUUUUAUUGAAAUAAGUUUGACCUACGGCUUAUGGCUCAAAUUAUGUUUGAGUACAUUUACUGGUUCUUUAGCAAACGAUUCAUUAUUUCUCAAAUGUCUCAAAAUGUUGAUGUUUUGAGACAUGCAGCCUUAGCCUAUGUUUCAAGUACUAAACGUUUACCAAUUCUGAAGAAGAAAUAGCUUUCGUGUGGAGUAGGGGGGGAUCCUUUGCAAGUGCUGCGGAGUUCUGCUGACUACCAACUAGAGGUGGUUUAUGCCAAUUAAUGAACUCAUAUUUGUGUUGAUGUUUCCUUUGGUGAGGGUGUAGAUCUCGUUGGACACCUCUGAAAUACAAUCUUUACCAUCAGCGAAACAUAGCCUAAACACUAGUUGUUAGUGUCAUGUCCAUCUGGUCAAGAAUGCCUUGUUUGGAUCAGUGGUUUUCAAUGGAGAGUUUUUAAGGAGGAUAAUCACAUGCCAAUACCGCAGAUAAUGAUCCGUUCAGAGCAUUGGUUAUGCUAAUUAGGCUGACCCAACCAAACUGUCCACGUAGCACGACAUACCUAAUAUAGGCUAUUAUAUUUGUAAUUUUCUUUUACAUUUUAAUUAUUGUCAUGCAAUAGCCAUUUUUACAAUAAUGUGUCAUUCUUAUUCCAGCGGGGCGAGAGUACAGUAUUACAAACUAUAGGCUAGGCUACAACUAAAGGCAUUUCUCAAAACUUCAAUUUAAUUAACUGGAUAACCUUGAUAAAAUCUCCUGUUUUGGAACAAACCCUAAGCCUACUUCCAAAUAGCCUAACUGAAUUUAUUUCGAAGAAGCCUUGGCUACAUAUUAGGCUAAACCACUAUUUCCGAUGAAAAGGGAAAGGGAGCCUAAGCAUUUUCAUAAACAGCAUAUUUUAAUGUGAGAAAGUAUUUUUCACGAGUGGAACAACUUUGUAGGUUAAAUGUCGCUUGUAUCUGCUCACAUAAGCAUAGGCCUAGCCUACCAUUUAUAGAUGGGUUAAUGUUGCUCUGGUUUUAGGGUAAAACGCUGACUUUGGUGCUGUGAUUCAGGUCUGUGACCGGGAAGGCCGAGCCUGCCAUGCCCGGGAGGCUCUACGUUCACCCGGACUCUCCUGCGACGGGGGCGCAUUGGAUGAGGCAGCUUGUCUCUUUCCAGAAGCUGAAACUGACGAAUAACCACCUGGAUCCUUUUGGUCACGUAUGUUUACGGUUACUUAACUCUUCAUAUGUUACGGGUUUGUCUGCAAGAUGCUUGAUGAAUUUCGUAAAGGAAUACUUACGGCUUAUAAUGAUUAACACAGCAUCUGCUUGCAGUAGUAAAGAUUAGAAGUCAGUUGGCAUCCGUUUCUUUCCCUUUAAAGACCUAUUAUUAUGAACUCCCAAUACCCCAGAUUUUGAGAUCCAUGUCGGAAACAAAAUAGCAAACACAAACAUCAAUUACAUCAUCUAUUUGUUUCGAUGUUAAAAAUGGUGCUCUUGGCUAGAGAUUUCAUGAGGUUGGAGGUGUGGGUGACAUUUUGGCCAAAUUACACAUCAACAGAGAAUGAAGGAUUGGACAGAUUACAAUACAAUACAAUACAAUACAAUAGUCAUAUCCCUUAUAGGACAUAAAAACAGCCCUAUGCUAUUGUUGACAACCCAAAAAACAAUAGUGGUUGUUAUAGAAAUUGAAAUAAGGAAGUAGAUUAUGCACAAAUGAACCAAUAAGAAAUUAUAGAAAGCUAAGUGAUAAACUUCCUCUAUCCAUCUCUUGAAUUAUGACAGGCAGGAAAGUGUCAAUAUUGGUCACUUCCUUGUUAAUUCUAUUUGUAUGAAGCUGAUAAGAAUUGCAGUUGGUGGAACCUACUCUUUCUGCUCAGAGUGAAGCAAAUAUGUGAUAUUACUUCAGCAUAACAGACUGGGUGCAAACCAUAACACUAUAAAGGUCAGCACAAAAUCAGUCAAAUUUAAUAGCAACUUGUAGUCAUUGAUGAUAGCUGUAGUAGGGAGUAUGUUGAUUGGAAAUAAUGUUUUAUUGUUUGCAUUCGUAAAAGUAUAGGCUUACUGCAAAUCUAUAGCACCAUGCUUGUGAUUCUGAAGUCAGUAAUAGGACAGAUUUUACUCUUUUUAACUAUCACCUACAGCACUAUCUAUCUUCUGCCUGAUCACAUGACUCCAUUGGCGGUGUGUGAGAAUUUAUAGCGAUUGUUGCCUUGCCAAAACCAAGCUAGUAGAAUGAAAUUGGAGCUCAGUUCAGUUGGAAUGUGAGAGGUGUUGUAAAUUUCGCGUCGCAGAAUGCAUUUUUGAUUGGUUGCAGUGGUUCCUGGCUUGCCCUCUUUCGUGCUCAGGGAGUACCAUGGGAUUCAUAAAUGAAACACUGCUGCCGGGCCAAAAACAUAUUCCAUCAGCUUGUUGGUCCAGCUGGCUGACAUAACUUUGAGACGAUUUAUAAUUACUAGCUUCGGACGUGGAGCUGAAACAUGUCGGUGAGGUAGGUUGAGCCAGUUAUAGGAGGGACCUGAAACUGUCUGGAUAUUAGACAGAGCAGAGCAGGACCUCCCCUCCUCAGCCAGAGAACAUGCUGCGAUAGAACAGUGGCUCCUAUAUGGUUUAGAAGCCAUCUCCAUUGGUUGAAAUUAAUGUUUUUUAUUACUCUAUGUUUGGAAUUGACUAUGAAUGUGAGUUUAUUGAAGGGAUUUCUGAUAUUUCCUAGGAUAGAUUUCUACAGUUAAUUAUAUAUGGUCAAUGUUAACAUGCAUCUUAUUGACAACAUCUAUAUAUUUUAUGUUUCUUAUUCUCAAUCAUGUAGAUGGUAUAAUCUCAGCUAUUUGGGUUACAUGUUGCUAACUGAGCCUUUCGUCUCUAUCUGAUACCAACAGUAUGUAUAUAAACAUACAGUAUGAUUAUCCAUUUUCAACUUAAGAACUACGGUUUAUCCAACACAACACUUAUCACAAGCCUCAGCUAUGGCUUUGAUCUUCCUCUUAACUUGCGAAAAAAUUUUCCACGUUAUUCAUCUUCUCCACAAUUUGCUGGUGCUGGUGCACUCGUCCAGUCCUCCCCACACAUGUUUUUGCCAGCAGGGUAGGUUGUGGAUAUCGCACUGUUUAUGUUCGAAUGGCAGUAUGCGAUGAGCAAUAGAUUCAGAAAGCCCUCUGAUGUGGAGGAACUUGAAAGCGGAGGGCAGCCGCAGGGGACCCAGGGUGAUCCCUCACUAAUACUAAAUACUAUCAUACAGAGAAUGGAGAUGCAGAGAGCCAGGCAGCAGAGCAGGGAGACGAGGCGUGUGCUGGAGGCCUAGUGGGUGGUCUGCUCUACUCUGGUCGCCCCUUCAGACAGACAUGCAGGGAACCAACCCACAGUAUGUCUGUCUGUGCUUCAUGUUGUUGUUUUGUAAGAAAUUAAAACAAUACUUUUGGUGUGUAGGUUACAUGACAGACAUGGGAGUUAGAAGACAAGGUUACAACCAUCUGAAUGGUGUAAAUCAAACCAUUCCAAUGGUUUGUAUCAUUGUGAAUCUGUUAGCCAGAUAAAGGGAAAAGGGAAAGUGGGAUACCUAGUCAGUUGUACAACUGAAUGUAUUCAACUGAAAUGUGUCUUCCGCAUUUAACCCAACCCCUCUGAAUCAGAGAGGUGCGGGGGGGUGCCUUAAUCGAUAUCCACGUCAUCGGCUCCGGGGGAACAGUGGGUUAACUGCCUUACUCAGGGGCAGAACGAGAGAUUUUUACCUUGUCAGUAACUUGUACAUUUGCAGUGUCGGUGAUAUACGCUGAUGUUCAUAAAUUAUUUUAAAGUCCCCAACCAACCUUCAUUGAAGGCUUUGUGGUGGGCAGUUGUGGAAAAAGUACCCAAUUGUCAUACUUGAGUAAAAGUAAAGAUACCUUAAUAGAAAAUGACUCAAGUAAAAGUGAAAGUCAACCAGCCAAAUACUACUUCAGUAAAGUCUAAAAGUAUUUGGUUUUAAAUAUACUUAAGUAUCAAAAGCAAAUGUAAUUGCAAAAAUAUACCUAAGUAUCAAAAGUAAAAGUAUAAAUAAUUUCAAAGUGCUUAUAUUAAGCAAACCAGACAGCACCAUUUUUAUUUUAUUUUACGGAUAGCCAGGGACAUGCUAAAACACUCAGACAUAAUUUACAAAUGAAGCAUUUGUGUUUCAUGAGUCUGCCAGAUCAGAAGCAGUAGGGAUGCCCAGGGAUGUUCUCUUGAUAAGUGCGUGAAUUGGGACAUUUUCCUGUCCUGCUAAGCAUUCAAAAUGUAACGAGUACUUUUGGGUGUCAGGGAAAAUGUAUGGAGGAAAAACGACAUUAUUUUCUUUGUAAAAGUAAAAGUAAAAGUAGUCAAAAAUAGAUACUCCAAAAAACUACUUAAGUAGUACUUUAAAGUAUUUUUACUUAAGUACUUUACACCACUGGUGGUGGGAUUGGUGAAUGUGAAAAUAUACAGUGCCUUCAGAAAGUAUUCACACCCCUUGACAUUUUCCACAUUUUGUUGUGUUACAGCCUGAAUUUAAAAUUGAUUAAAUAUAGAUUUUUUGUCACUGGCCUACACACAAUACCCAACAAUGUCAAAGUGUACUUAUGUUUUUCGAAAUUUUUACACAUUGAUUUCAAAUGAAAAGCUGAAGUGUCUUGAGUCAAUAAGUAUUCAACCACUUUGUUAUGGUAAGCCUAAAUAAGUUCAGGAGUAAAAAUGUGCUUAACAAGUCACAUAAUAAGUUACAUGGACUCACUCUGUGUGCGAUAAUAGUGUUUAACAUGAUUUUUGAAUGAUUACCUCAUCUCUGUACCCCACACAACCAAUUAUCUGUAAGGUCCCUCAAUCGAGCUGUGAAUUACAAACACAGAUUCAACCACAAAGACCAAGGAGGUUUUCCAAUGCCUCGCAAAGAAGGGCACCUAUUGGUAGACGGGUAAAUAACAACAAAAACAGACAUUGAAUAUCCCUUUGAGCAUGGUGAAGUUAUUAAUUACACUUUGGAUGGUGCAUCAAUACACCCAGUCACUACAAAGAUACAGGCGUCCUUCCUAACUUAGUUGCCGGAGAGGAAGGAAACUGCUCAGGGAUUUCACCAUGAGGCCAAUGGCUACUUUAAAACAGUUACAGAGUUUAAUGGCUGUGAUAGGCGAAAACUGAGGAUGGAUUAACAACAUUGGAGUUACUCCGCAAUACUAACUUAAUUGACAGAGUGAAAAGAAGGAAGCCUGUACAUAAUACAAAUAUUCCAAAACAUGCAUCUUGUUUGCAACAAGUCACUAACGUAGUACUGUAAAUACAAAGUGUUAUGUUUGGGGCAAAUCCAAUACAACACAUUAUGGAGUAUCACUCUCCAUACAGUGGCUUGCGAAAGUAUUCACCCCCCUUGGCAUAUUUCCUAUUUUGUUGCCUUACAACCUGGAUUUAAAAUGGAUUUUUUUUUUUUUUGGGGGGGGGGGGGUUGUAUCAUUUGAUUUACACAACAUGCCUACCACUUUGAAAAUGCAAAAAAUUAAAAAAAAGUGAAACAAACAAGAAAUAAGACCAAAAAAACAGAAAACAUGAGCGUGCAUUACUAUUCACCCCCCCCCCCCCCCCCCCCCCAAAAAAAAAAAAAAAAAAAAAAAAAAAAUACAGCUGCAAGUCUCUUGGGGUAGGUCUCUAUAAAAUUGGCACAUCUAGCCACUGGGAUUUUUGCCCAUUCUUCAAGGCAAACCUGCUCCAGCUCCUUCAAGUUGGAUGGGUUUCGCUGGUGUACAGCAAUCAUGAAGUCAUACCACAGAUUCUCAAUUGGAUUGAGGUCUGGGCUUUGACUAGGCCAUUCCAAGACAUUUAAAUGUUUCCCCUUAAACCACUCAAGUGUUGCUUUAGCAGUGUGCUUAGGGUCAUUGUCCUGCUGGAAGGUGAACCUCCAUCCCAGUCUCAAAUCUCUGGAAGACUGAAACAGGUUUCCCUCAAUAAUUUCCUUGUAUUUAGCGCCAUCCAUCAUUCCUUCAAUUCUGACCAGUUUCCCAGUCCCUGCCGAUGAAAAACAUCCCCACAGCAUGAUGCUGCCACCACCAUGCUUCACUGUGGGAAUGGUGUUCUCGGGGUGAUGAGAGGUGUUGGGUUUGUGCCAGACAUAGAGUUUUCCUUGAUGGCCUAAAAGCUCAAUUUUAGUCUCAUCUGACCAGAGUACCUUUUUCCAUAUGUUUGGGGAGUCUCCCACAUGCCUUUUGGCGAACACCAAACAUGUUUGCUUAUUUUUUUCUUUAAGCAAUGGCUUUUUUCUGGCCACUCUUCCGUAAAGUCCAGCUCUGUGGAGUGUACAGCUUAAUGUGGUCCUAUGGACAGAUACUCCAAUCUCCGCUGUGGAGCUUUGCAGCUCCUUCAGGGUUAUCUUUGGUCUCUUUGUUGCCUCUCUGAUUAAUGCACUCCUUGCCUGGUCCGUGAGUUUUGGUGGGCGGCCCUCUCUUGGCAGGUUUGUUGUGGUGCCAAAUUCUUAGCUUAGUGGUGUUGCAGACUCUGGGGCCUUUCAGAACAGGUGUAUAUAUACUGAGAUCAUGUGACAGAUCAUGUGACACUUAGAUUGCACACAGGUGGACUUUAUUUAACUAAUUAUGUGACUUCUGAAGGUAAUUGGUUGCACCAGAACUUAUUUAGGGGGUUCAUAGCAAAAGGGGUGAAUUCAUAUGCACGCACCACUUUUCCGUUAUUUAUUUUUUAUACUUAUUUGAAACAAGUAAUUUUUUUCAUUCCACUUCACCAAUUUGGACUAUUUUGUGUAUGUCCAUUACAUAAAAUCCCCCAAAAAAUAUAUUUAAAUUACAAGUUGUAAUGCAACAAAAUAGGAAAAACGGCAAGGGCGAUGAAUACUUUUGCAAGGCACUGUAUUUUCAAGCAUAGUGGUGGCUGCAUCAUGUUAUGGGUAUGCUUGUAAACAUUCAGGACUGGCAAGUUUUUCAGGAUAAAAAAAGAAACGGUAUGGAGCUAAGCACAGGCAAAAUCCUAGAGGAAAACUUGGUUCAGUCUGCUUUCCACAAGACACUGGGAGAUUAAUUCACCCUUCAGUAGGACGGAGCUAAGCACAGGCAACAUCCUAGAGGAAAACUUGGUUCAGUCUGCUUUCCACAAGACACUGGGAGAUUAAUUCACCUUUCAGUAGGACAAUAACCUAAAACACAAGGCCAAAUCUACACUGGAGUUGCUUACCAAGAAGACAGUGAAUGUUGCUGAGUGGCCAAGUUACAGUUUUGACUUAAAUCUACUUGAAAAUCUAUGGCAAGACCUGCAAUUGGUUGUCUAGCAAUGAUCAACAACCAAUUUGACAGAGCUUGAAGAAUUUUGACAAUAAUAAGUGGGAAAAUGUUGCACAAUCCAGGUGUGGAACGCUCUUAGUGACUUACCCAGAAAGACUCACAGCUGUAGUUGCUGCCAAAGGUGCUUCUACAAUGUAUUGACUCAGGGGUGUGAAUACUUAUCUAAAUGAGAUAUUUCUGUAUUUUAUUUUCAAUAAAUUAGCAAACUUUUUCUUUUUAAAUGCAUUUUGAAUUCAGGCUGUAACAACGAAAUUUGGAAUAAGUCAAGGGGUAUGACUGAAGGCACUGUAGUUCGUUCUCCCACAGUAUUUAUCUGAUUCUGUGUUUUAUAAGACCUCAAAAAUACUUCAGCUUUAACCAAUUGUAUUAUAAUGUGCAAAACCAACCUGAGUCAUAAUGCAUUUCCAGUGUUGGCUGUUGAAAGACGUUGACCCAUUUCUGUUUAGAAGACAAUCAAAUUAAUUGUACACUGACCUACUAUCAAAGUGCUUUUGGAAAAUUCACAGUGGAUCACAAUUUACUCUCUAUUUUGAGGUUAAAUUGUUCCAUCAGUUGUGAGAAUCCACUGAGGUCAUGUCUUUGUAAUGCCCCACCAGUCUAGGAGGUCAGCGCAUCCUCUCCCUUUUCUCUGCAGCGUGCUUGAAAUGCACGAAAACAACCCUACAGAUAACAGAUAGGAGGAAUACCCGAAGGGGCAGGGGUUCCUGAGGAGGUGAAGGAGAAAAAACACUGUUUUGUUAUCUCUAAAUGUAAGUGGAUUUAAUGAAAUUAAAAACCAUUAGAAUGCUCACGGCUGAUGCCCAUGACUCCACAGUAUGUCAGACCAAUUAAGACUAAAGCCUGCGGAUGAGAGGGCCCCAUGAGAAGAGUUCAGGGCUCAAGUUCAACUGGGUGGACCGCCGUCUUAAUGUCGCCAGCCUAGCCAGUGGUAGUAGUCAUCACUUGGCACAAACUAGGUCAGGGGUCAGGGGGAAAGCAGGGAAAGGGAAGAUGUUCACGUGUUACAAUGGGAACUCAUCUCUUUUGACAUACGUGCAUUAUCAUGUAAUGUAAAUAGCAUUAUAUUGUAUGUAUGUAUUUAUUACUGAAUGUAUUACUGUAAUGCCCUUCAGUGAUGGGGUUGUAGAGUUAGGCUACAUAUAAACUAUGCACACAUUUAGAUUUUGACUGUAAAUUCUAUGGUCAAAUAUAUUUACAUUGCUAUGAUUAGGCAUAUUGGUAUAUUCAUGGUUUUAUUAAAUAUUUUGUAUGUUUUAUAUUUGUAUGUUUUUAUUCAAAGCAAUAGCAAUAAAAUGUUGUCUUUAUCUUCAUUGUCUGAAUGGCGGCAGAUAGCUUAGCGGUUAAGAGCGUUGUGCCAGUAACCGAAAGGUCGCUGGUUCUAAUCCCCGAGCCGACUAGGUGAAAAAUCUGUCGAUGUGCCCUUGAGCAAGGCACUUAACCCUAAUUGCUCCUGUAAGUCGCUCUGGAUAAGAGCGUCUGCUAAAUGACCUAUUUAUUUUUUAUUUUUUAUUUAUUUAUCUGAAUGUGAUUUUGAUAAUAUCAGAAUUUGGGUUUUGGUGGGAUUAUGCAUCAGGGUAUUUGUCAGGAGAAAUUGUCCAAAUACAAAAAGGCGUUUAAUGGAAUACAUUUCUCUCUUCAGAUUAUCCUCAACUCCAUGCAUAAAUACCAACCCAGGAUUCACAUCGUGAAAGCGGAUGAAAAUAAUGGCUUUGGCUCCAAAAACACGGCGUUCUGUACCCACGUCUUCCCCGAGACUGCCUUCAUUGCGGUUACAUCUUACCAGAACCAUAAGGUAGGCCUAAGUGUUCUAUUUACGCCAUGGUUUUAUCUGUGUAAAAAUAGCCUAAAUAGGUGUGAAUUUGCCAGUGUAUUAUAGAUGUGUAGGCCCAAUUACAAUCAGUUUAGAACUAAUGAAAACUUUUUGGCAUAUAGAGAAAUCGAAUUUUUGCAUUGCCCUUGCCUUAAUUUUAUAGACAUAUAGUCUAUAAAAUCACUUCAUGGAUAAAUCGAAAUCAGUUCAUGAACAUCAGAAAGUUCUUCAUGCUGUAGGCCAACAUUGCUGCUAAAGACGUGACGGGAAGACUGAAAACUGAUGAAUGAGCUGAUUAUCAAAGAUUGAACAAUAAAGCGGAUGGAGUGUGUCCUUUCCCCACAAUGUCUAAUGUAGGCCUAUGUCACCAUGAGCAGUGGCAGAACACGAGGUUCAAGUCUGAUAAUCACUGAUAUCAUAUUCAGGUCAUUGACAGAUGUGAGUAUGGGGUCGGGGAAACCGCAUGUCCGAAAUAUUGGACAAGGCAAGAACUCAAGAGACUUUUGGACAUUUCAACUGGUGCAGUUUCAUGAAACUUUAGUGAAUGAUACGGAUUACAGAUAAGGCUCAGGGCGUGAGUCUAACGUCCAUAAAUUGUGGACGUUUUAUUAUAUGCUUAUAUGUGCUUUGUUAUGUUUAGGCUUUAUAAAUAGUGUAUUAUUAACAGGCUACUACAGUUAUUAUUAUAACUAGGCAUAUUAUUAAUACAAUUAGAGAAAAUGUAGGUGUUAGCCUAGCCUGUAAGAAAUAGGCCUAAAGCAACUCGUUUUUUUAGCCUGAAGCUGCAAUAAAUCUCGAAAUGGUACAUAUUGUGAUGAAUAUUGAUGACAAAAAAUAAAUGUAUGCAUGCAUUUAUUUUAUUUGUAUAAUGUAAAUGUAGGCUAAUAAUUCACAGGUUCGAACAUGAACGAAUUUGAGUUCGCAUAUGAACGAAAAUAUUAACUGUUUGGCGUCCUGCUUUCUUUAAAAAAUAAUAAAAUUUAAAGUGCAAUUUUGUCACUGAAUUAUGAGCUUUUCAGCAUUUCACGUAGUAAUAUUUAUUCGUCUUUAUGCAAUGAAUGGUUAUGGUUGGACACAAUCCUCCCAUGGAACGCUCAGGGUUGUUUAUCAGAAAGCCAAUUUCCUCAUUUGAAUUUAUUAUUCACAAAAAUGUGGUGUAGGCCUAUAUAAAAUGUUUUCAAAAUAUUUUCAGACUGAAAUUAAACCAUUAAGAAAAAUAUAGGCAUAGUCUAUUUACACUUAAAUCCCUGGAAGAUAAAUGGUUAAAGUCAAGUGUUGUAAUGUACUUAUUAAGUAAGUUCUAAUUCAAAAGUGGGUAUAUUUUCAUUCAUUUAUGUAGUGUGAUAUUGUCAUAUAUGAACUUUCAAACAUUUACAACCACCUGUUGCAUGUGCUUUAUUUUGGCUGCGCAUUGGCACGUUUAUUUACGAAGAGAAGACAUAGAAAUCAUAUCAAACGAAUUCAUUUUCCUCAAAUCCGACUAGGCCUACUCAAAAUCGUAGGAGUGCUGCCCAAUCAUUUCUGCGUCUGUUUAACAUCCGUUUUUAACUAUGUCUGAGUCAGAUUUUAGUGUGGGACAGAGGGAAUAUGCGAGAGGGGGCAAGGACCCUUAACGUGUCCUGAGCCAAUCCGAAUUCCCAAAGACACUGAGAAACAGGAAAUCCAAAUGACUGAAACUCUGAAGAAACCAUUAAUUAUAUUCAGGGAGUUUGAGGGCUCCUGAGAAUGCAACGUGGGCUAAUUAUUAUGAGGCUACCAGAGCCUGCCAGACUUCCAGACAAACACUCUAUUCUGAUUUGACCACGAAUACAUAAUCAAAGAAUGUUACAUCUGCCAAUUAAGCUAAGAGAAAGUUAUCAUGCCAUGCCUUUUGGGGGAACGCGCACAAAGGCGAGCAGCCACCUGUUAACAGUUUAUUCAGAACGGUCAAACUUGCCCAUACCCAUCUAUGCUUGAAUUGAAAACAAAUGUUUCCUUCUGAAUAAACUAUUUCGAAAAAAAACUCGCCUUUUCAAAUAUCUUCUGUUCUCAAAUGAGUUAGUUCUAUAUAGGCUACAUAAAAAACUGGGCCUAUAGGCCUAUGAAUCUGAACGUAUUGGCUACCUCUUACAAAUUAUAGUUGCAUUAUGGUAAAUAGGCCUACCAUAGCCAAAUAGCGUAUCACAUGCAAUGCCUGAUAAAGAAAUGCAGUAGCCUAUUAUGAAUGAAUGUUUGUCAUGAUUGCUAUCCUUGGUAGUCAAGGCAAGUAGGCUAUCUAACGAACCAGCAUUGGUAACAACUUGCUUUGUAUUAAAUGGGGUGUUUAGGCCUAUAAAUGUUUCCAGAAUUGUUAGGAAACUGUCACCCCAGGCGUGUAGUUUUUUCAUACGAACAGGGUUAGUUCGUGCAUGGCGCUUUCUUUCUUAUAAGACCAACCGCACCCUAUACAAUAUUUAUAAAACAGUUUGGAAAAAGUUCUACAUUUGUAUAGUCUGGUAUGAAUUCGUCCAAGUGAACAUAUACUGUAUGUAACCUGGUUGACGCGCAAUAGCCUAUAGAAAAUAUUAAUCAAAGUUUUAUUAGUGAAUUAGGUUUCGUUCUAUUAACAUUUGCAUUUACUAUGCUAUUCAAAUGUGAAGAUAGCCUUCGUUUUCAUGCCCCCCUUUGUAAUUUCAUAGUCCUAUUCACCUGAAACACCUUAGGUUAUCCUGCAUAGGCCUAAUUGUCUUACAAUUAAAUAGGGAUAUUAAGCGAUUAAAAUAUCAGUUAGGCUUUUAGGUAGGCCUAUAGGCAUAUUUUGUUGAGCAUGUGUAGGCUACAAGUUAUUUUUGCAAACAUUUUGUACCACCAACAGUUAUUUUCAAAAUUAUUGCUUUUUUAAUAGGCUAGAUACCUUUUGAGAAAUCAUUUUGAGAAUCGUGUUGUUGAAAUAUGGUAAGAUUCAGUAUCCCCACACUUCUGUAUUAUCCACACUUUAUUCUACAUUUGCUUCCCAAAGAAAAUCUAGACUUUUGCCAAACGCACAGUGCAUUAACGAGAAGCUAAAAACGUGUAUGUCUCAAUGAGAUAUUUUACAGGGUUUUGUGGAAAGUGAGAGCCAGCGCGUAAACAAAAAUCCAGUCUUGUUGUGAGGCGGGAAGCACAGCAGACCAGCCAACUAAUUAUGUCUCCCUGCCAGAAACCGCGUGCCCUGUUAGAGGGCUAUCCCUGCAUUCUGUUUAACCUCAAGUCGUUACUAUUUAGUUGGCUGUUAGAACUUCAUUCCAUUAUCCAUUGUUGAAUAAGAAAAAUCUAUGGCUUUGGUCCAAUCUGGAAAAUAAUAUAAUUGUUUCCAAGAUGGGCUACUUGCUCCCUACACUGUAAAAAGUAACUCAUUAAAGAAAUUGAGUAGUGGCUACGCAAAUUUAGCCAGUGGUCAAUAGAACUCAAAUCAUAAAAGUGGUACUAACUCAUAUGUCAAUACGAUUUCUUAUCACUUUAUAUUUUUGAGUACUGUUUAUUAUUGAGUAAAUAACUUUGUGUUCUGCUAAUCUAGUUAGAGUUUUUACAAGUUAUGAUUAUUUAAUGUUUUAAAGUCAAUCUAAAUAAGUUGUUCUUUCUUGAUUUCAUUAUGUGUUACAUCUUUACUUAAUAUAAUAAAGUAGUAGUCAGACAUUGAUAUUUGAGCAAAAAACACUGGAUUUAUCUGUGUUGUUCUGAUAAAUAAAUGUAUAUGUUCACUACAACAAAUAUUAAUGUUCAAGUAACUUCAAUAGUUAUAGUAAGAAAAAAAAAAAAAUUUAGUGUCAGAAAGUUCACCCCCCAAAAAACAGCAAAGUAUUUACAACUUAAAAAGAUAAAGUAAUAAAGUGACCACCUUAUAUGGUUAAGUAUUGAACACUGAAAUACUUUGUGUUGGGUUACUCAAAUGGUUCUAGGCAACGGGUUUCCACAAAAUAAAUGUAGUUAGCAGAACUAAAUACUUUUUACAGUAUAUAGCUCCAUGGGAAAUUACGUUUCUGGCAUCAACUUUAGAUCUGUAGCCUGAUCCACUAUAAUAUUUAUAUAGUUGUGUGGUCCAGCAAGCUAAUAUUUGAUGAUAGACAGUUUUCAUAUUUAGAUUAAAUUAAUGAAAUGUGUUUUUCAGAUUUGAAUUGUGUGCUUAAUGGUCUGAGCACAUGGUCAUUUAAUCUAAACAUUAAUAUCUAAACCAGGUGCACAACAACCAAGUAGUACAGUAGACCUAUCAUGCUAAAUUAUUUUGUGAGGUUUCUUCCCUUUUGAGUGCUUAUUUGAAAAGUUAAGAUUGUCAUGCGACUACUGACCAGUGUGCGUGUGGACGUAUGGCCAGUGUUUCAUCCUAAAACCAUCUUGAGGCUUUAUGAUGUUCCACAUGGGAGGGUGAAGACGCUGGUUUUAAGUGAAGAUGUCCUGCUAUAGGCAUUGAAGGACACAACAAGUCCUUCUCACAGAAUAUAGGAAAAAGGAAAAGUGUAUGGCAUUGUGAUGGUAAGUUUUCUUUUUACAUAAUAUUGUAGGCUAAUUGACGGUUGAAUUGUGUUGACGGUUGAAUUGUGUAUGACAAAUGUGCUUUCUGUUUUGCAGAUAACCCAACUUAAGAUAGAGAACAACCCGUUUGCCAAAGGCUUCCGUGGGAGUGAUGACAUGGAGCUCCACCGGAUGUCCAGAAUGCAAAGGUAGGACCUAUCCCAGUCACAAACAGACCCAUGAUAGCCAAUGGCUAAGCUUUGAUUCAGUGCAUGACUUGUCUAACAUUUCUAACUCUAAUAAUCCAAUAUUACCAUCAUUAGACGUUGUUUAGCACACUAUAUGGUAAACUGGAAACAUGCAUUAGACAAUGUAACCACAAUUAGAUAAGGAUUACUGACAUUCUAAUCACAGUGACACUUUACAAGCACCAUUGUAAUCCCUCAAUCAGUGAAAUGCAAACCAGAUGAGUGUUAUUUUCAGUGAGCCCCGUCACCCCCUGCCCCCCUCUCCCCAGCUGUGUAAGUGUAGUUCUUGAGCAGGGGCCAGUCUGCAUGUCCCAGGGCUUUUAUGGCUGAUCUGGCAGGGCCUUCUGAACUUGCGACAUCUCCCUUUCACGCAACUCCCUCUUUACCGGGAGGGAUAUUCCUACCAGUCGUCUGUGCAUUGAUGAUAUGGCUGGUCCAGCAGCAGCAUCGACCACAUGGCUCUUUUCCCUAUUCACUCCAGAUGAGUACUUUCACAUACGUCCACACAGUGUGGAAAACACAUUUUCAAAGGAGAAAAUCUGGUUUGAAACUUGCCCAGAAUCUGUGAAAAAUGUUAACGGAGUUUGGUUUUCCAUGUGGCAGUGACACUUUGCCUCCCAUAUAUUUUAUUUGGAAUGGGAGAACAUGGUCCUCUGUAGCUCAGCUGGUAGAGCACGGCGCUUGUAACGCAAAGGUAGUGGGUUCGAUCCCCGGGACCACCCAUACACAAAACAUUUAUGCACGCAUGACUGUAAGUCGCUUUGGAUAAAAGCGUCUGCUAAAUGGCAUAUUAUUAUUAGAACAUUCUCUCUAAUUAGCCACUGCAGGUUAAUCUAAUUUUGUUAGUUUUGGUUGACUAUGAUUUUCCACAUUAGGUGAUAGUACACAUUUUGCUAAUCUUAUAGUGGAAUUAAUGAGAGAAGACAGAACGGUUUGGAUGUUUUUCCUUCCUUUUUCUCCAAAACUAUUUCACCUGCACAGUAAUUUUUUAUUCAUCACUGGGGUGUUCACAAAUUGAUAUUGUAUAUUUAAUAUUGGGUUAUCUCAGUCAGAUGUUGAUUAAGUUGGUUUAUGUCACAAGAUAAUACUUCUGUAAGUGGGAUAGUUAUUUUGUAUAGACAUUUGUAAAUUGAUUUCAAUUGGCCAAAGGCCAAACCACACCAUAACUCCUACAUGCCACUGUCCUGUCAUGCCAAGUAAGUACAGUAAGCUCAGCACGUCUGGUCUUGGUUAGUAUUUCCAAGGGAGAGCUUAUUGCAAAAUGAGGUCACUGGUUCAAAAGAAACAGUCAAAGAAAUCAAAGAAACAGAAGUAGCAAAAACGGUCCAUUCAUGGAUCCUCUAGAUUAAUGGGACUGGAAUAAAUUCCUUUCUUUUCACUGGAAACUGAUCCUCCGGAACACUUUCUCAGUGGAUCCUAAGUGGGUGUGACUCAUUGAUAGUCAGUGUGGUUUGUUAGUAUUGAGAAGUGUAUAGUGUCAGAUCAAUGGAUGAAAGAGACUGUGUAUACAAGUCAGCCAUGGUUAAUGACUGAGGUCAGGGGCAGCAACAUAUUUAUCUUCUUUUGCAUGUGUAAAUGCAAUAUGAAUGCAAAUAAAUGAAUAAAUACUAUAAGGAAGAUAAUUAGGUGAUGAUUAAAGGUCCAAUGCAGCCAUUUUUAUCUCAAUAGCAAAUCAUUUCUGGGUAACAAUGAAGUACCUUACUCUGAUUGUUCUCAAUUAAAAUGGUAAUUUCUUAAAACUAAAAUAGCUUCUUAGCAAGACUUUUGCUAGUACUGUCUUGGAGUGGUCUGAAUGGGGAGGAAACAACGGAAAACUAGCUGUUAUUGGCAGAGAGGUUUGGAGCUCUCUUUCCUAUUGGUCUAUUAACUAAUUUACUGCCUGGAGAUGUCACCAGGCAGGCCAAAACUCCAUCCCACCAAAACAGGCUGAAAUUUCAGGCCAUCUUUUCAAACAGCUCUUACACAAUUUUUUUUACAAUUUCACAGUAUUAUUCCAACCACAGUGUGGAAAUAUAUAUAAAACACAGGAAAAUCACAUUUUUGACUGCACUGGGCCAUUUAAUAAUCACUACUAUUAGUAAUACUAAUGGUAAUUAUAGUAGUAGUAGUAGUAGUAGUGGUGGUGAUAAAUACAAAACAUUAGGAACACCUGCUCUUUCCAUGACAUAGACUGACCAGGUGAAUCCAGGUGAAAGAUAUGAUCCCUUAUUGAUGUCACUUGUUAAAUCUACUUCAAUCAGUGUAGAUGAAGGGGAGGAGACAGGUUAAAUGAUUUUUUCAAGUCUUGAGACAAUUGAGACAUGUGUGCAAUUCAGAGGGUGAAUGAGCAGGCAAGACAAAAUAUUUAAGUGCCUUUGAACAGGGUAUGGUAGUAGGUGCCAGGUGCACAAGUUUGAGUGUGUCAAGAACUGCAACGCUGCUGGGUUUUUCACGCUCAACAGUUUCCCGUGUGUAUCAAGAAUGGUCCACCACCCAAAUGACAUCCAGACAACUUGACACAAAUGUGGGAAGCAUUGGAGUCAACAUGGGCCAGCAUCCCUGUGGAAUGCUUUCGACACCUUGUAAAGUCCAUGCCCCGACGAAUUGAGGCUGUUCUGAGGGAAAAGGGCGAGCGACUCAAUAUUAGGAAGGUGGUCCAAAUGUUUUGUACACUCAGUGUAAAUUGAAGAAGCAUACAGUACGAUAAGUGUUAUGAUAAUUUCGUAACCCUGUCUGUGUGUGUGUGUGUGUGUGUGUAUAUGUUUGCAGUACUAAGGAAUACCCGGUGGUCCCUCGCAGUACGGUGCGCCAGAGAGUGGGCACCAGCCAGAGCCCAUUCAGUGGGGAGGUGCAGGGCAUGGUCACUCCCAGUGGCCUGGCCUCCCAGUACACCCAGUGUGAGAACGGGGUCACCAGCACCUCACAGGACCUCCUGCCCCAGUCUGGCUGUUACCCCCUGCCCCACGAGCAUAGCCAGGACUACCACUGCAUCAAGAGGAAAGGUGGGCCAGGCUAUCAUGAUAUAUAAGCCAUGCAUGCCAAUGGGAUGGGUUGUUAGGAAGCAUAGAAAUGGAAAACAUAGUUGAUUGCUAAAGUAAAAAUAUGUACUGUAACUGUUUCCUGUCUGUAGUGGAUGAUGACUGUCACUCAGGGGAGCACACCUACAAGAAGGCUUACCUGGAGAGCUCCUCCAGCGAGGACGACCAUUACUACCGUCCCGUCACCUACCCUCAGAGCCUGGGCCUGCCCGGGGGGCCCUACAGGACCGAGUCUGGCCAGAGGCAGGCCUGUAUGUACGCCAGCGCCUCCCAAGGGGCCGAGCCCGUCCCCAGCUUGGAGGACAUCAGCUGCAACACCUGGGCCGGCGUUUCGCCCUAUGGCAGCUGCUCCGUCACCUCCAUGCAGCCAAUGGAGCGGCUGCCCUACCAGCACUUCUCCGCCCACUUUACCUCGGGGCCCCUGGUGUCCAGACUGAGCGGGGUGGCAAGCCACGCCUCCCCGCAGCUGGGCGAAGCCCACCACGCCAUAUACCAGGGCCCCAUGGCCCACCAAACUCUGGGCCGCCAGUGUAGCCCCGGGGCAGGUAUCCAGUCGCCCACCACAGGUCUCCAAGGCAAUGAGUACCUGUACUCACACGGGAUCCCGCGCACGCUGUCGCCUCAUCAGUACCACACAGUGCACAGCGUCAGCGUCAUGCCUGAGUGGAAUGAGAGCAGCUAA